AUGGAGAAGGUGAAGCUGAAAAUCAACCAGGAAGCCGAUGGCGUUUCCUUGAGCAUCCCUCCCUACUUCCGAAGGUUCGACAGAAUCAAUAACGAAGAGUGCCCCUCCAUCUUCAUGUGGCCUCGCCGCCAGGUACCUGUCGCUGCAGCAGCUCCCAUGCCCAUGACCGCUGCACAGGCGCCUUCCCAGCAACCCUUGGAUCACACCAGCAGCAGCAGUGGUUCGACCGGCGGCAACGUCAUCGUCGCCACCGUCGGGCCGUACAACCACCACCAAUCGGAGUCGUCAACGUCAUCGGAGUCGGCGCCGCUUCUCAUCACGUACGCCAAGAAGUGUGCCAUCGUCAAGUUCCUUUCUCGGCGAGAGUUCGGGCUCGACACCGUCGCCUUCCUCCGGUGGGCGCUUACGAACAACGCCCGUGUUCGCCUAUGCUACGAGCGCGACUCGUUCACAAUGAGCCCUGAGAAGCUCGCCGAGGUGCUUCUGCUGGACGGCUGCCUUGUGCUCUUCGCCGUCUUCCUGCUCCGGUCGAGCGUGCGGGAGGACCGGCGGCCCGCGGAGCUGGGUCGUGACACCGAGCUUGGGGCGGAGUUCCUCUACCUGUCCGCAGACAUAUCCCUCCACAUGAAGCAGACUAGGGUUGACCUGCUGCUGCUAGGCAACCAGAUCCCCUUCUUCGUGCUCGCCAAGCUCCACAGUCUGUUGGCCCAGACCUUGUUCAGCGGAAUCAAUCACAGCAUACAGAAGCUGGCUCUCUCCUGCUUCGACGACAUCCGCCCUGGCCGCAGUGGCAGCGGCAGUGCGGUGCCCCCGCCCAGAUUCCAAGUUCAUCACCUCCUGCAUCUUUUCCACUGGUCCAGGGUGCCCCCAGGCAAGCACGCCGUGGACACCUCCACCAUCCUGCUCCAUGAGCCGGAGUCGAACCUUCCCUGCGCCACCUGGUUCGAGGACUCCCUCACCAGCUUCAGCAAGCACGCAGCCGGUCCAGGAACACUGGACAUCGUCUUCCAGAAGAGGAUGUUGGGCGUGCGAGGGGUGCUGCGCGUCCCUGCGCUGCACAUCCACGGCUACAGCGAGCUCCUCUUCCGCAACCUCGUCGCCUUCGAGCAGAGGCACCUCCGGUGCGGCCUCGGCGUCACCGCCUACUGCAUCUGCAUGGCGAGGCUGCUGCAGGGCGAGGCCGACGCCAAGCUGCUGAGGAUGUGCGGGAUCCUGGCGCACACGCGCGAGACCGACAAGGAGGUCGUCGACCUCUUCAGGGGGCUCGCCGACGAGUACCGCGACACCUUCUACUCCAGCGACCUGCUUGGCCUCUGCGAGGACGUGGCGGCGCAUCAUCGGAGCGCAGCCUCCAGGGCCGUCAAAUGGGUCGUGCUGCAGUGCUUCCCCAGGCAAACCGUCACCUUCUUCGUCAUCCUGGGGGCCCUCAUCUCCAUUGCCACCCUCGUCAACACCGUCUACUCCGUGUAUAGGUUCUAUCAUCCAGUCAAGCACUAG